AUGUCAGUCUCCUCCUUGAACGAUGACUGGGUCCAGUGUCGAGCGCCCAAUGAAUUGCAGAGCGACAUACUGACGUGGACUACCUCAAUUUCACGAUCUCGCGUGUCCACUGUGGACGGCCUUGGCUUCAGCGAAAAUAUAGAUGUCGAGUCUAUGAACAGUCUGGAAAGUCUACUCCACACGGUGCAACAACUGAAAUUGAAACGUUUUCAAGCCGAAGAUUUGGAGGAAAUCCGCUUUGUAGCUGCAGGGGAGACGUUCGCUGUCUCAGAAUGCAAGUAUGAAGGCACUGUCGUUGCUAUCAAGCGUAUCCAGCUCAACGAAGAAGGAAAAAGCCUCGAGCGUUCCUACUUCCAAAGGCGACUACAAUCUGUCUUGCGCGAAAUCCUGAUUAUGUGCCAUCCGCCGCUCGCACACCACCCGAAUAUCAUUAAUAUCCUGGGUUAUGGCUGGAGCGUUGAAAACCAACGCCCGUCGACGUUCAUCUCGGUUGAGUUUGCGUCGAAGGGUACACUGAGGGCAUACAUGAAGGAGAAAGAACACCCGAUUAGAACGAAGUUGCUUCUUAUGGGUGAUGUAGGCGCGGGUCUUAUGGCACUUCACAAAUGUGGAAUCAUUCAUGGAGAUUUAAAAAUGGAUAACAUCGUGGUAUUUUCGUCAUUGGACCGGCCUUGCAUGUCGAUCGCCAAGGUGUCCGACUUUGGACAUUCCAUUAUCGUGGGAUCCACCUCAGAGAAGAAGAUGCAGUAUUUUGGAACCACCUUAUAUAAUGCACCAGAAGUUGCCCAGCAGAAGGACAACCCCAUCCCAUUGGAGCAGCUUCACAAAUGCGACAUCUGGGCUUUCGGUCUCUGUGCGUGGGAAAUAUUGGCAAACGGCCAGCUCUAUUUUCAGCGUAGCUGGCGCAGGAACUCUCUCUAUGAACGUCCCCAUUCCAUGUCCACAUUAUUGACAUCCCCGACCAGCUCAGAGGCUCCUGAUGACAUUGACGAGGAUGAUCAGCAUGUUUUCGGUCACUUUAACGUCUCUCAUCUCAGGGCUCUGGCGAUAGACUUUGUGAACAACCUGAAAAUACCCGGAAUUGGCUUUGAGAGAGGAUUUCUACGUCCCUUGAUGGACCAUACUCUGCAUGUCGAUCCGGCACAAAGGAUCUCGGACCUCAGUCGUCUCCCAAUCAUUGUUUCAUGGCACAAGACGCCCGGUGGGCACUCGCUUCAGUCAAAGCUCGCAACAUAUGCCAUGUCUGGGGAUGUCAGAUAUUCGAUCUUUAGCAGAGAGAGCGGCCCAUACAUCAUCUGGGAGCAGCAGCAGCAACUCUUGCAAGACUUUGAAACCGUGGCCAAGGGGUCCAAAUCUAAUAAACACGAAGGUUCCAUCGCAUUCCAAACCAUGCUAUGCUAUGUGAACGCUUUUGGGACAUCUCAAGAUCUGAUUAAGGCGACUUCCUUUCUUCAAAUGGCCGAGGAUGAGGGUCAUAUGGUCGCUCGCAUACUGGGGCACCGUAUACUCAAUGGCUUCAAUGAGAGCUCAACCACCGAGGUACAACCGUAUAAUGAAUGCCUUGCUUUGGGGUUCAGUGCCACCAGAACACCUGAAAUCAUAACCUCCUUGGUUGCGUUUGAUGGGGCGUCGGUCACCAAAUUCACCAACUAUGCUGAUUUUCGCAAAGUCUUUUAUGAGCGAAGACCCCAGUCAUGGACGAACGACAAAGACGGGGUGCUUGGUGGUUUUGUCUCUAUAAAUGGAUCCACUUCGCAGCAUUCCUUGCUGGAAGUUGCACUACAUCAGGGUGAUGCUGAGUUCGUGGAGAGGCUGUUACCUCUUGUAGGGCAGUCGGAGGCAGCCUCAAAACUGGAUUCUCUUCUUGUGUCGGCGGCUUCUCGAGGUCAUGACAGCAUAGUUAUCCCCCUUCUGAAAUCCGGUGCGAAUAUUUCCUCUGUGCUUCCAGCUCCAUCGCUCCUUCAUUGGCUCUUCAGUCUGGAUGAGACCACUCUCCACGAAGUCCAGUCGUUUUUGAAAGACCAGUCUCGCGACUCCGAUUUCAAACUUGCACUAGAUUAUGCGACUACUGAUGGCAUUAUACUCCACCCUCAAUGGCCAUUUCGGGUGCAUGGAACACCUCUUGCUAUAGCGAUCGCAUCUGGCAGCAAGUCCGUGGUCACGUUCCUCCUCAGUCUGGGUGCAGAUCCCCUAGCUCCCGCCAUUGAAAACACCGACGACAGUACAGGCCCCAAUUUUUCGCCAAUCCAUCUUGCAGUCAAGUAUCAUCACCCCGAUAUACUUCUGCUGCUUUGGAAAGCGGCAUUCGAUGAAACGACGGUGACUGGCACUCAUCUGCAUCAAGCCGCUACCUUGGAGUCUUUUCCAAUUGCCUGUGCUUUGAGUCUAUUGACGAAUGCGGAACGAUUUGCUAUUCAUGGCUGUAUGUAUAAGCAGAGGCUGCGCGAGACGAUCAAGCUUCUCCCGCUGGAUCUUCUCCUCCAGCCAUCUCCCGAAGGCAGAAAUUCAGUCACGCAGGCCAUUGAUCUCGAAGAUGUUGACACAGUUGAGCUCCUUCUUGAGCAUGCCCCUACCCUGGCCAGCAUGGAGUUAGUUCAGCCUGAUAGCACAUCCCUGUUUACAUACCCGUUUCAUUUCGCCGUACAAAUUGCCUCCUGUCGCGAUACAAGAGAGUCUGAGCAGAUUGCGGAAUCCAUCCUCAAACUCGAUUCAGCAGCUAUCAAUCGACCUGACAGCGCAUCAAUCAAGCCAAUGCAUAUCGCUGCGAUGGGAUCUUCGGAUCGAAUGACUAAGUUUCUUCUGGCUCGCAAUGCUUCUUGCCAUGAACUGGACGGAAGAAGGCGUACCCCUCUUCACUUUUGCCGGUCACUGGUUAACGCCAAGAUCUUGAUGCUUGGGGGUGUGAGCAUCAACCACAAGGACGAUUUUGGCUUCACUCCCGCGCAUGCCGCGGCCUCCCAGGGAGCAGACGAAGUUUUGAAGGCGCUGAUGGAUGCUGGGGCCGACCUGACGCAGGCGGUCAACGAGAUCGGAACGCCGCUCCAUUGUGCUGUUCUGCGGAAGUCGCGCACAAGCAUAGAAAUUCUCUUGGCGGCUGGAGUUGAUGUAGAGGCGAAGAACCGUCUUGGUCGGACUCCACUUCACCUGGCAAUGGACAUCGGGCGCGCUGAUCUUGUCUCCAUGUUAUUCAAGAAAGGGGCGGACCCUUUCGUAGAGGAUGCAAAGGGCUCUUCUCCAUUCAGUAUGUCUCUUGCUUGGGAGAAUCCUAGUAUUUUCAACAUGUUCCGGCCUCCGGACAACUUUGUCGUCGAAAAACUACAUGUCAAUGCGUUGAUAUUUGGUGCUGCCAAGGGGGAAUCGUCCGUUUUUCGGCAGUACCUGGAAAAAUUACCCAACCCAAGCCGCAAUCUCAGUCGUGUACAUUCGCCAAAGCUCUAUGUCACUGCCAUCAAUGUGGCCGCAGAGGCCUUCAGAGUGGAUUUGGUGAAAAUGUUGCUCGCAUAUGGCUUCAAUGUUAACACCCCCGAUGAGAAAAGCAACACUCCUCUUCUCCGAGCUUGUCAAGCAGGCCGCACUGAAGUUGAAUUCUUUUCAUACCAUCGGACCCACAUGUGUGAGACGCUUAUACAGCAUGGGGCAGACAUACUAGCCCGUAACAAUCGGGGGCUGACGUCUUUCUCCAUUGCCCAAGCCCACGCCGACUAUCCACUGAUGACUCUUUUCUUGUCACAACGUCAAGUUGACUUAUCAAUCAGACUCUCACGCAUACUGGAAUCCAUCAAGAAUCCUGAGAAAGACGAUGUGUUUUGCGAGUCAUCAAGAGCGCUCAUGGGUGGUGAUAUUGUCGAACCGAAGCUGGUCUUCGAUGCAGCCCAGAAAGACGAAUGGGAGUUUGUCAUGACCUGUGUUGCCGGGCAUUUCAUCAAUAAAAAGAAUUUGAAACACAUAUUUCCGAGAACGGAAUGGAAGAAGCCCAGUGUGGAUACUCUGGAUAUGCUGCGUUAUCACUCAGUCAAAAUGGACCGGGACCUGGUUCAGUAUCUCGCUUCAGGUGCUCGGGAAAGCCCUUCUGCAGUUCGGGAAAGUCCUCACGAUGUUGGUAUUCAAAACGUUGAGCUCGAAUUCCUUAGGUCAAGAGAUGCUCUGAACGACCUUCUUUGGCCGGAAGAGGCCAAGAAGGCGUUCGAUGAAGCCAUGGUAAAAUCCGAGAAGGAUUAUUUCCAUACCCUGAAUGCAUUGACAGAUCUUGAAAACCAACAGGUGGCCUUCUCUGGUAAACUACAGGAAUAUUUCGCUCAAAUUAUCUACAAGUCAAAAGAGCGCACGAUAUCACUUGACGAUAUUAUGUGGUUCAGAUCGCUUGAACGGGAUAUUGACUCAUACAACCAAGUUAACUUCUUACAUCGAUUACAAACUAUUUCAAAUAAGGCGAAGGCAAUGGAAGAACUUGCAUUGAGGCCCAACAAAGCUGCACCCUGGGCUGAGCUCCGUGAUCGGACAUUGACUCUUCAAGGACGGAAGGGGAUGGUCGAUGAAACAGUUCUGAAAGCCAAGGAAAUCACGAAACUCUUUCUUCCUCCCACUCACACCGAAUCUGGAAAUGAUAACGUCGAAGAUGGCAGAGACGAUGAGGUCGGUGAGAUGACUUUGAGUCCUGGAAGAAGGCGCUACAUUGAAACAUCUGCCAAUAUCUUGGAUGGCAUGAACAGGAACCUGCUUCGAUCUGGGUUUCCAUGGACAGACACGAUAUCUGAGGCUCAAAAUGUAAAGCGCGAAAUUUCCGAGAGGGUAAGAAGCUCGGGAGAGUUUCAUGCAUGUGACCAUCACCUUCAACCUCAGCCUUAG